AUGAACGAGGGUUUUAAAGACAUUGAUCUCGUAGCUGAUGUAUAUGCAUUGCCAUCUCGUGACAAUGACCGGCUCUGUAUCAUUGAAAUAGCUGUUGCUAAUGGAACUACUAAUCGGCAGCAGAAAUACAUGGAUCAGCCUGUGUCAGAGGUGCUGUUUGGCCCCACAUUCCUUGGUGGCGUUCCAUCCCUCUCAGAGCUGCACCACAACACUGGGAAUGUCUCUGGCUUCAUCGGCUGCAUACAUGAACUGCAGAUGGGCUCCAAAGAGUUGUAUGUGGUAGGGGAAGCAAUCAGAGGCCAAAAUAUUCAGAAUUGUCAUGGUACAGUCUGCCAGCACCAACCCUGUCGUAAUGGAGGAACCUGUAUCAGUGAUGCGGAGACCUGGUUCUGCGUGUGUCCUUCUCUUUACUCCGGUAAGCUGUGCCAGUUCACCGCCUGCGAGCAAAACCCGUGUGCGCUCGGCGCCACCUGCGUUCCCCAGACGCGGCUCGAAGCAGUGUGUCUUUGCCCCUAUGGAAGGCAGGGUCUCCUCUGCGAUGAGGCUGUCAACAUCACUCGUCCCAGGUUUAGUGGACUUGACGAAUUUGGAUACUCAUCCUAUGUGGCUUAUCCUUCUAUUCCCAGUAUGGGUCAUUUUUAUGAAUUCCACCUGAAGCUCACCUUUGCCAAUAAUGCCUCCGCUUUGAGAAACAACCUCAUUCUCUUUUCUGGGCAAAAGGGACAAGGCAUCAGUGGUGACGACUUCUUGGCAUUGGGGGUGCGGAACGGCAGGAUUGUUCAUAAGUAUAAUCUCGGUUCGGGUUUGGCAACAAUUAUCAGCGAGCGCCUGAAUCCGAGGAUCAACAUUCACACAGUGCACUUCGGAAGAAAUCUGAAAAACGGAUGGCUGAAGGUUGAUGGGCAGAAGAGGAGGAUGGGUACAUCCCCUGGUCCACUGGUGGGCUUGAACACCUUUAGUCAACUUUAUGUAGGUGGAUAUGAAGAAUACACACCUGAGCUAUUGCCUGCGGGCUCUCGAUUCCAGAACAGCUUUCAAGGCUGCAUUUUCGAUUUGCUGUUUCGGAUGAGACGAGAUGGGAAAGUUUCUUCCUCCAGGAGGGUCAGAGGGCAGGCCAGUGUCAGGACGUAAUGUGGGCCAGUGUGGUGUUAAUCUGUGC